UACAUAUAUAAAACUGUAUAUACACACGCAUUCAGGUAAAAAAUAUAUAUAAAAUAAAAUAAAAAAAGCCUACAAAAAUCAGAGAGAGAACCGAGGGAGAACGGGAUAACCUUCUCCUACUCUUCUUCAUUUUCUCUACCAAAAGCCCUAAUUCUACCUUUUCCCACUGUUUCUCACAUCAAUUCUCUGCUUCAUUCAAUCCUGUAUUUAUCAAUAUCGAUAUAGAUUUAUAUAUAUACAUACAUUGAAUUGGUGUUCGAAUCAUAUAUAUCUACACACAACACACACAUACGGAGAGAGAAAGAGGAGAAAGAACGAAGUGUGGGAGCAAAGGGGAGAGAUGGGUCACGUUCCGAAUCUAAAGAGAAUUCAGGAAACCCUAGAAAAGGAUUCACGCGCCCCCAAAUUGAAGGACUCUUUCCCUUCUGCCCCUAACCCAAACAAUAUCGCCAAGCCCUCUGAUGCAGAGGAAUCUGCGACGGACACUGAGGAAUCAGAUGUUAGUGGGUCCGAAGAUGAUGACACCUGUUGGAUAUCAUGGUAUUGCAAUCUGCGUGGAAACGAGUUCUUUUGUGAGGUUGAUGAUGACUAUAUCCAGGAUGACUUUAAUUUGUGCGGAUUGAGCGGUCAAAUACCGUACUAUGACUAUGCGCUGGAUUUAAUCUUGGAUGUUGAAUCUUCACUGGGUGACUCAUUUACAGAGGAACAGAAUGAAUUAGUGGAAUCUGCUGCCGAGAUGCUUUAUGGUCUAAUACACGUGCGUUACAUACUAACAACUAAAGGAUUGGCUGCAAUGCUAGAGAAAUACAAGAAUGCAGAGUUUGGAAGAUGCCCUAGGGUUCACUGUUGUGGCCAACCUUGCCUACCUGUCGGUGAAUCGGAUAUUCCACGCAAAGGCACUGUUAAAAUAUAUUGUCCCAGAUGUGAAGAUAUUUACACUCCUCGCUCCAGGUUCCAGGAGAGUGUCGACGGAUCCUAUUUUGGAACUACAUUUCCGAACUUGUUUCUGAUGACGUACGGACACCUAAAGCCACAGAAGGCUUCUCAGAGCUAUGUCCCCAAAGUCUUUGGUUUCAAGGUCCACAAGCCGUGAUAUCUUCCAGUAAGAUUUCCAGUCAGACUAUAUUCUCUGGAGCCUAGACAUAAUUUGCUCGGUAGGUUUUGAAGUUCUUUGUCUACUUCAAUUGUGUACUUGCUUGACAUCAAGCAAUUGGAUUAUGUUUUAGAGGAAUGCUUUGUUUUUUUUAGUUUCAAAAUUGUGCCUUUAUUUUCUCUUGAUAAUGUAUACAGUUUUUCUCCUCUUUUCUGUUUCCCUUUUGUAUUUAUUUUCGACUCGGUUAAGCGUGUAUUUCCAGAUAUUUUUGAGAAAUGUUUUGCAGUCCAGUGAAACAAUUUUAUGUAAAAACAAAAAAAAAAAAUUAAAGAAUGGCAAA